AUGCUUGGAAUAAUUCCGCUUCCGUUUGGAAAGCCGCAGCCUCAGUCCCGCCGCCGCCGCGUCCGCCCAGCGCCAGCUCCGCGUCCCGACCGGCCCCGCGGCUGCCCGCUCCGUGCCAUGGCCACCUCCCCGCAGAAGUCGCCCUCGGCCCCCAAGUCCCCAACUCCUAAGUCGCCCCCGUCCAGGAAGAAAGAUGACUCUUUCUUGGGGAAACUCGGAGGGACUCUGGCCCGAAGAAAGAAAGCUAAGGAGGUGUCCGAGCUUCAGGAGGAAGGGAUGAAUGCCAUCAACCUGCCCCUCAGCCCGAUUCCCUUCGAGCUGGACCCCGAGGACACGAUGCUGGAGGAGAAUGAAGUUCGAACAAUGGUGGAUCCAAACUCACGCAGUGACCCCAAACUACAAGAACUGAUGAAGGUGUUAAUUGACUGGAUUAAUGAUGUGCUGGUUGGAGAGAGAAUCAUCGUGAAAGACCUGGCUGAAGAUUUAUAUGAUGGACAAGUGCUGCAGAAGCUGUUUGAGAAACUCGAGAGCGAGAAGCUGAACGUUGCUGAGGUCACCCAGUCAGAGAUUGCUCAGAAACAAAAACUGCAGACUGUCCUGGAAAAGAUCAACGAGACCCUGAAACUGCCCCCCAGGAGCAUCAAGUGGAAUGUGGACUCUGUUCAUGCCAAGAGCCUGGUAGCCAUCUUGCAUCUGCUCGUUGCUCUGUCCCAGUAUUUCCGGGCUCCAAUCCGACUCCCAGACCAUGUUUCCAUCCAAGUAGUUGUGGUCCAGAAACGAGAAGGAAUCCUCCAGUCUCGGCAAAUCCAAGAGGAAAUAACUGGUAACACAGAGGCUCUUUCCGGACGGCAUGAACGUGAUGCCUUUGACACGUUGUUCGACCAUGCACCAGACAAGCUCAAUGUGGUGAAAAAGACACUCAUCACUUUCGUGAACAAGCACCUAAAUAAACUAAACCUGGAAGUGACAGAACUGGAAACCCAGUUUGCAGACGGUGUGUACCUGGUGCUGCUCAUGGGACUCCUCGAGGGCUACUUUGUGCCUCUGCACAGCUUCUUCCUGACCCCCGACAGCUUUGAGCAGAAGGUCUUGAAUGUCUCCUUCGCCUUUGAGCUCAUGCAAGACGGAGGGCUGGAAAAGCCAAAACCACGGCCAGAAGACAUUGUCAACUGUGACCUGAAGUCCACUCUGCGAGUGCUGUACAACCUCUUCACCAAGUACCGGAACGUGGAGUGA